AUGGCGGAAAUCCAAGCACAGGUAGAAGCCUCUGCUCUCCUGCCUGAUAGCCAGCCCAACGACCCUCAGCCGACCAAGGACCCCGCAGAAGACUGUACCGAGAACGGCAGAUCUGUUGUACCCUACUUGUUAGAAAAUAGUCCAGAGUUCCGAGAACUCAGUGAUUUGAGACAGAAGGGAUGGGAAUCCUCCGAAGGCGAUCAGUACUUUGCGAAACUUCGUCGAAAUGCCGAUAAAUCCGACAAAAAAUCGGCUACCUACUUUUAUAAGUUUAUGAGAGUAAUCGGACGCGAAAUUGACAAGGCCACCAAUGCCUUCAAAGCCCAACGGGUUGAUUCAACCUCACCUGCCAUUCUCGACAUGUGCAUGGCCCCCGGUGCAUUCCUCGAAGUUGCCUUGAAAAAGAACCCGGGCUCACACGCUCUGGCUUUCAGCUUGCCUGUCUCCAGUGGAGGCUAUAAAAGUGUCCUGGCAAGCGACUUGGAUGCCAAGCGGGUAUUUCUCGAUGUGACAAUGCUUGCUGCGGAUAUGGAUAUGGAUCUGAUCCCCGAGGGCCAUGAAGAUGAGAAAUUUUUGCCCCGGCAACUUGAGGAAGGGAUGCUUUUCGAUUUGGUCAUAUGUGAUGGUCAGGUCUUGAGGCAACAUCUACGGCCCCCUUUUCGAGAAACCCGAGAAGCAACGAGACUGAUCAUCACGCAACUUGCUCUGGGUCUCCAGCACCUUAGACUUGGUGGUACUAUGAUCGUCCUUCUUCACAGACUUGAGGCUUGGAACACCGUCAAUCUCAUUUGGAUGUUCAGAAAGAUCUCGUGGGUUCGGCUUUUCAAGCCAAAGAGCGGUCACGCCAAAAGAUCCUCUUUUUACAUGGUCGCAACCAACGUUGACAGCCAGAACCCGGAGGCCGUUGAAGCGGUCAAGCGGUGGAAGAGAAUAUGGCGGAUUGCAACGUUUGGCUCGGAUGAAGAGUACGGCAAGGUGAACUUGUACGAAGACACAUCGGUAGAAACCUUGCUCAAGGACUUUGGGCCGGAACUUGUGAAGUUGGGAAAGACAAUUUGGAAGACACAGGCAAAUGCGUUGGCUAAAGCACCAUUCAUGGGGAAGCAGAAACCAGAGUGA